ACAAAUUUUCUCUCAGCUGAUGAGUAACACAUUUUAAAACCACUAAUAAUUCGAUCGGAGGAGGACAGUCUUUAUUGGCACGUGGUCAGUUCUCAAACGAUUAUUAUAGAGACGUAGACACCAGAAACUCUGCGUCAACAGACGUUUAAGGACACCAAUUCAUGUACCACAAAAUAGAAAGUGAAUGACAGCAUAGCGUUGCAAGACUAGUUAGGAAAUAUGGCUGCAGCAGGAGAAAAACCAAAUGUCCUCAUCCUGGGUGGAGUUGGGUUUAUUGGACGAAAUUUAGUCAACUACUUGGUCAAGAAUGACUUGGCGAAUAAGAUUCGUGUAGCAGACAAGGUCCCCCCCACCAUGGCCUGGCUGAAUGAUGAGCAAAAAGCCGCAUUUGAAAAAGUGGAGUUCAAACAAGCUAAUCUUAUACAGGAGAGUCGAGUCGAGAAUGUGUUCACAGACGAGAAGCCGUUUGAUUUUGUGAUAAACCUCGCCGCCGAAACAAAGUAUGGACAGGAAGAGUCGAUAUACGAAGAUGGCGUCUACCGUCUCAGUGUCACGUGUGCUCGUCAAGCCGCCAAACUCAAAACCAAACGCUACGUUGAAUUAUCGAGUGGUCAGAUGUUGUCGUCUGAAAAGUCAGCGUUCGCAGAAGACUCUCUAAAACUUGAUCCCUGGACUCUUGUCGCUCGUUCAAAGUUAAAGGUGGAACAAGAAUUGUCAAUCAUCGAGGGUCUUAAUUACGUCAUCAUUCGACCAGCAAUUGUGUACGGAAUCGGUGAUAAAUUGGGAAUAACCCCUCGAUUAGUUGUCGGUGCCAUCUACAAACACAUCAAGGAAAAAAUGAAGAUGUUGUGGACGAAGGAUUUGAAGAUGAAUACGGUCCACGUGGAGGACGUCGUGAGGGGGAUCUGGCAUUUAUGUUCCCAUGGCAACAGUGGAGAGGUGUACCACCUUGUGGACAGAAAUGAAACUACUCAGGGUAAUGUGAGUGACUUGGUGUGUGCAAUUUUCAACAUAAAGCACGACUACGUUGGGUCGCUUGUGUCAAACAUGGCCAGGCUCAAUAUGUCCGGCGUCGUCGACGAUAUAAACGAUAAACAUCUUUUACCGUGGGCCGAGCUUUGCCAGGAAAAACACAUCGCAAACAGCCCCCUUACACCGUACUUAGACCAGGAGUUGCUAUACAAUAAGCAUCUUUACAUGGAAGGGUCCAAGAUCGAGACAACAGGGUUUGAAUACCUGUAUCCUCACGUGACUAAGGAACUUUUGACAGAGGUUCUAAAUGACUACAUCAAGAUGGGGAUUUUCCCGGAUGAGAGUUGACGUGUUGACUUCCCCAUGCGAGGUCUCACUCGGACAGGUGGUUGACCAACACCAAUGCAAACGGACGUGACCUGCAAGCAACGCUUUAAGGAGAAGCCAAAACAUUGCCUUCUGAUUUCCAUGUGCUAUUGCUAUUGUAAACUUCUAAGUCACAAUUUCGUUUUUGUCUGGUUUUGAUGACAGUGCUAACCCUCACAACCUUUGGAUUGUUGGCACCCCGCCUGAUCAGAUGUUGUUGAUUUGUGUACAUUCCUCAAAGUGGUAACCAGUAUUUAUACAUGUUAUUCUUGUGAGGGUUCAUGUUCUUGAAAGACUGGUGAAAAGUAACCGACAACAAACAGGACGCUUUAAUGACAGUUGUUGUGAAGCACCAUGGUCAGUGGAAAGCGCUACGAUAUAUAAAAAAUAUCACCACUGAGUAACAUGAACAUGUAAACCUUUGUGUUGGGUUCAACCCGCUUGCUUCCAUUGUUAUCGCUAUUGUUAAACUUGGAUCACAAAAGUCUUGCCGAUUUUUAGUUAAAGAGAAUUUCGCAGGAGCAAACUUAUGCCCAUCCUGCCCCUCAGUCUGUAUCGGAGCAAUAGAUACAACAUCAAGUCAUACGCGGGUUUCUGGAUGGAGCCCUAUUGCGGGCCUUUUGCCUACAUGUUCAUCAGGCCAAAUCUAGCUAACUGAUUUGUGCCAGACCUCUAAACAGGAAAUGAUAGGUACAUUUUCACCGCCCGAGAAAAAGUAAA